GUCAAAGAUAAUCUUAAUCGUACGGCCAGCUUCGACCGAUCAGGCCAAUUAUUUCCUCCUCUUACGAAUAGAGCAUACCGUUUUACUCCAAUUUGACAAAAAGGGAUCGUAUCAAUUCAUGAAUAUCGGGAUACGCCUUUGACUGAGACAUCAUCUCGAACGACAGCCAUGACCGCAGAAACUAACGGCCCCCCGGUGACUCCUCCACUUCGGCCACAUCUAAACGGCUUGUCCAUGACGGAGUACUCCGCUGCCCCGACUCCUCCUACUACCAGAUACGAAAGAGCAAGCAGACAUCCCAACAGCCCAGAGGUCCCUUCCGACUUCGUCUUGCCCACGGGUUAUCCUGAUUACCUUCGAUUGAUCCUUACCUCACGUGUAUACGAUGUUAUUGAAGAAACCCCCCUACAACAUGCGGCAAAUCUCAGCAACCGGUUGGAAUGCAAGGUGCUGCUCAAACGCGAAGACUUGUUACCUGUUUUCAGUUUUAAAUUACGCGGAGCUUACAACAAAAUGGCGCAUCUAAGCCCUGAUCAGCGAUGGAAGGGCGUUAUCGCAUGCUCUGCUGGUAAUCAUGCACAGGGCGUCGCGUACUCUGCCCGGAAAUUGAAAAUACCAGCUACCAUUGUCAUGCCCUCUGGCACACCAGCAAUUAAGCAUCGCAAUGUCUCCCGUUUGGGUGGUAGUGUUGUUCUCCACGGUAGUGAUUUUGAUGCUGCUAAAGAGGAAGCUCACAGACUGGAGAAACUGCAUAAUUUGACCAGCAUUCCGCCAUUCGACGACCCCUACGUCAUUGCGGGUCAAGGAACCAUUGGAAUGGAGGUAGUACGCCAGGCUAAACUGCAGAAUCUGGAGGCUGUCUUCUGUUGUAUCGGUGGUGGUGGACUUAUCGCUGGAGUUGGGUCCUACAUCAAGCGCAUCGCACCGCACGUGAAGAUCAUUGGUGUAGAAACCUAUGAUGCCAAUGCAAUGGUUCAGUCAUUGCAGAAGGGCGAAAGAGUGAUGUUGAAAGAGGUCGGGCUCUUUGCCGAUGGCGCUGCGGUGAAACUAGUCGGCGAGGAAACAUUCCGAAUUUGCCGCGAUGUUAUCGACGAUAUCAUCCAAGUGACGACUGAUGAGAUUUGUGCUGCUAUCAAGGAUGUUUUCGAAGAUACGCGGUCCAUUCUUGAGCCUGCUGGAGCCCUCGCAUUAGCAGGGUUGAAAAAAUAUGUCGCCAAGAACCCUGACCCUGACACAAACCGAGAGUUAGUGGCUGUAACAUCAGGCGCUAACAUGGACUUUGAUCGUCUUCGAUUUGUUGCUGAACGGGCCGCGCUUGGUGAGAAGAAGGAAGUCUUACUCAGUGUAUCCAUUCCAGAGCGGCCCGGUGCUUAUGCUAAACUGAUAGACAUAGUCGCACCUCAUGCGAUCACGGGUUUCAACUACCGCUAUUCGCGCCAGGACAUUGCCAAUGUUCUCAUUGCAAUAUCUUUGUCUGCAUCGACUAGAACCCAAGAUCUCGAGAAUAUCUAUGCCGGGCUGGAAAGGGCCGGUAUGACUGCGUCUGAUCUUAGCGACGAUGAACUUGCCAAAACUCAUAUCCGCUAUCUGGCUGGUGGCCCAAGUAGCGUGCAAGACGAACGUCUAUUCAUGUUCCAGUUCCCCGAGAGGCCGGGUGCAUUGCAAAGAUUCCUUACUCACCUUCGCCCAACUGAUAACAUCACUCUCUUUCAUUACCGAAAUCACGGCGGGGAUGUCGGUCAAGUGCUCGCUGGUAUUCAAUGCGCGGCAUCAGAAGAUGCGGAACUCACCUGCUUCCUCAACGAUCUCGGAUAUCCGUACAAGGAAUGCACCAACUCUCCUACAUACAAAAUGUUCCUUCGACAGGACUGAAGCGUCAAUCGAGUCAGAUUAUUCGAUACAAAUUGCGACUCUUUUUAGUAAUAAUAGACUACCACAGGCUCAGGCUGAGAUUUACGAAUGGUUCAAGUUCUUUAUCUGAUGGCGUUAAUUACGGAUGUUAUGCUGUGAUGUGAUGUUUCUAGUGCUUAUUAAUUGUAUUUAUAUGAUUCUUCGAAUAGAUAUAAUUGUCUGAAUAUCUUCC